AUUGACACUGUAUCUGUCCACAGGUAUCUGGGCAUCUGUCAUCCAAUGAGGACCAUCACACUAGAGAGCAAGCGGGUGGUGAAGGGGACCUGUGCCUCAGUGUGGCUUGUGGUCUUCGUACUCACCUGUCCUAUCUUCAGGUUUGCACAGACAGGAGAAGUUACGAGGGGAGGCACAAGAGCUGUUGGACCAGAGGAGAUGGAACUUGGAGACAACAGGACUGAGGAAAAGUAUAUGAACUGCUGGGACGAUGCCAUCGAUAAGGACUUUGCUGAAUAUGUCCCAUAUGGCAUUGUCCUUCAUCUCAUCGGCUUCUUUGUGCCCUUCGUCAUAAUCGCAUGGUGCUACUCUCAGGUGGUCCGGACAAUAUUCCAGAGCCUGCAGUCUCCGCACAGCUCAAUAGAGGGUGGUGAGGAUGGAGCAGUUGGGGAUGGAGGAGUUGAAGGAGCUCGAGAUCGGGAGAGAACUUCAGUUUCCAUCUCUGGCUCCCAGUACUCUCACUACAUCAGGAGAAGGCGUAAAUCCAUCAAAACCAUUGUAACAAUUACGCUGCUUUUUGCACUCUGCUUCUUGCCCUUCCAUGUGACUCGGACAUUGUUCCUGCUCCUGCGGCGAGGGCAGCUUGGUGGCUGCAACGCGAUGAAGACCGUCUCCAUCUGCUACAAGGUCACAAGGCCACUAGCGUCUUGCAACGCCUGGCUCAACGCCCUGCUCUACUUCCUGACGGGAGAUAAGGGCACCCCCUGUUGUUGGCCAGCAGAACGGAGAGUUCACCAGGACAGGAGAAAUGGCACCUUAUGGUGGCCUUUAACGAUACUGAAAAAGGAAGGACCAGGAGAGGAAGACCAGGAGGCAGCAGAGAAGGUUGAGGGAGAGCUGCAGAUAGAGGAUGAGUCCAAGUCUUCACGAAUCAUCUUCUAGGACGAUUCAAAAGAAAAUGUUCUUCAAGCUGCUAGCACAAUGCUAAACAUCAUCAACUCCAAACAACCAAGGUUAUAUCAAAACAUCUGUCAGCUAACAUUAACAGCCAUUUUGUUCCCAGCAGAGCUCUCUUCAACUUUCAUGUGUGUUCCUGGUUCAACAAAUGUGAAUCAGAUGGUUGGAUUAAUUCCUUGGAUUGCAGCAAAGUUAUGUAGAGUCCUGUUAACAAUCCAGGCAUUCAGUUUAAGUGUGUUGAUGCUUAGACAUCUGAAGACCACAACCUGGAGACUGCUGCUCUACAGAGAUGAAAGCUGCCCUGUUUUAACAAUGUGAACAUGAUGAGGCUGUCUGCUCUGCAUUGACCUGGAGAUACAGUACCACACAUAAACUAUUUUACUCUUACCAUCAACAGACAGCACUGUUAGAGAACAGCAACCUUCUGCUUCAUCAGCUCAGACUGGUGAAACAACCUUCCUGACUUAAACCCAGGAUUGAGCUCUACUUUUCUUUAUAAGAGUCACAAUCUGCUGUUUUACUUAAACAAUUCCUAUGAUUUUGUCAUUUAAUUCAUGUUAAAUCAUUUGAGGGAAAUUUUUUUUUUAUUAGAGAUCAUUAUGAACCUUUUCCAUACUGCUACGCACAAAAAUUUGACUUAUCUGUAUUCUUGUUCAUGUAGCGUAUGUAGCGUUAGCAGCAUUAGCGGUUAGCCAUGGUUUGUUUACCAUCUUAUCCAGGUCUCUUACACAAUAAGUAACAAGUUAUCCAAUUAGCAACAUGUACUGACUGCCUCAGGUGAUUCCCUGAUUGGAUGAAGAGAGAU